CUUGGAGAGCAAGAGAUAUGAAGACCAUACUUCUACUCCUGAUCUUCGCGGGCUUUUCUUUUCAAUCUCUCAUUUCGGCUCCCAUAAAUCAAGUUGGAUCACUUGAUGAAAAAGACGCUUUGAAAGCUCCAGAUGGCGAGCUGCUCAAACGAAGCAAACAACACGGCAUCUCAUCAUCAAUCGACCAUCUACAGGAAUUAGGAACACUCGACGAGGCUGUUCUAAACAGGAAAGACAAUGGGUUGCCAGCAAAAAGAGAUCCAUGGCGAAGAUGGAGACCUAAUAAAAGAUGGCGAAGGAAGAAGCAGAAGAGUAGAUGUAGGCGAAAGGAAAUAUGGAUGGAUGGAUGUAUGGAUGGAUGGAUAAGAAGUACAAUGGAACCUACCACCACCACAACGACACCCACUGCAGCUGUUCAAGAUGUCUCAGUAAAUGCUACAGGAGAACCUGCAACAAGUACGAUAACCCCUGCCACAAGUACAAUGGAACCUACCACCACCACAACAACACCCACUGCAGCUGUUCAAGGAGAUGUCUCAGUAAAUGCUACAGGAGAACCUGCAACAAGUACCAUAGCUGCAGGAGCAAACAAACAACAAACUCGACAACAGGUACAAUAGAAAUUACAACCACAACAACAACUAACGCAGCCGAUGCUCAUAUGAGCAGUGUAGCCUUGACAGCACCUGCCGUAAAAGGGUCACAAGAUACGGUCCUGCAGUCGGGAUUCUCUACAUCGGGUCCUUUAAGAUAUGGUGGUUUUAAUGGUUUUYACGAUUACGGUUAAUUCAGUGCAUAAAUAAAUUUUCCACAUAUAGUAGUCGUAAACAAUUGUGAUUUUUAAGCGCACAGGUAUUAA